AUGUCUUCCUCAGCCUCGUGCUCGCUCUCCUCUCUCGCCGUCGCGUCCCCAAACCAAGUCGACGCACCAAACCACUCCCCAGUCACCUCAUUUCCAGACCGCUCCCUAAAGCCGUCGCUCCGUAGCCCUCUUCCGCGUCCCACCUCGCCAUGCUUUCACGCCGGCUUACUUUCAGUUAGGCCGGCGUUUACCCAGCGUUACCGUGGCAGACUGAAUCCGUCAGUGCCGUCAGCAUCCUCCCAGCACACGCUGCCAGCGUCCUCCCGGCAUUCUAACUCGGCUGAACGAGGACGAAAUCAAGCUCAUACUGGCAAGUACCGGUCCAAUAUUGAAGAGGGUCGAACGGUCGUCUCUCCUGCGACCGACGCCGCGCCCCGGCAGGGAUCCGUUGAGGACAAAAGACCUGCCACGUCACCAGGAUCUGUUCAAUCCGUCGCCAACGGCUGGGAUGAGCUGGAUAAUCUGGAGGAUAUGACGGUGAGGCGGAGCGCGCGAAGCAGCGGCGGAAGUAGGGGAAGCGGGGCGCGGAGGACCGGCAGUGCGCGGUUCCGAGUCGCGGAGGAACUGCGCCGGAAGCACCGGGAGCGGAGCCAGGCGCAACAGGCGCAGCAGGUUCCGCCAUACCGUGAAGGGCAGCCGCAGCAAGCGCAGCAGCAACGGCAGCAGCGGCGAUACUCCGAGGCCGCGCGUGCAUUUGAGCCGGAGGUGGUUUUCGAGGGGCCUAACGAUGGCGGCGGGGAGUGGAAGCGAGCUGCGGGCCGUGUGUGGGAGUGGAUAGCUGUAAAGAGCGGCAGCAGCGCUGGCGGCGCGGGGUCGUUAUUUGAGUCGCUGUCCGCGAAAUCUUCUGCGGGUAACAUUUCGUCCGGUUCCGAGGGAGGUUUCGCGGACCUCGUGUUGCUCGCGAUCUUUCGCGUCGUCCGCUUCUUCCGCCGAGCGGCCGCUUCGCUCAGCGCCGCCAUCGUCGCCGCGCUACCGUCGAAUUCCCAAACGACAUUGAUUAAGGCCGUAGUGGACGGUGCGCUGCUGCUCUCAGGAGUGUGGCUGCUGCGAGGCGUCUUCGAGGUCACGUGGCGACUGGGCUCCGUCGCGCUCCUCUCUCUCCUCCCCGCUCUCGGCGCCAUGACUCUCAUCUCCGCCACCAACGCUCCUCGCCAACCGCACUCUGCGCCUUUCUCCGCGCACCCGCGCGCUCCCGCGUUCGCCUCCGCCCCCCCUCCUUCUGCCCCGUUUCCGCCACCCCAGCGCCACCGCCAGCCUCCCUUUUCUGACGUUCAACCCGUCCCUGGUAGAGUCGCUUUCGUCGAAGCAGAUUAUAGCGCGUACAGGGAUAACGCAUCAUGGGACGAGGGCGAGUGGUACAGGGCAGGGGAAGGAGUUGGGAGACGGAAUGGGCGGUUUGAGCGGUGGGAGGAGGUGAGCGACGACGAGCUAGGAUUCGGAUAUGCGUCGGACGGAUAUGCGUCGAACGGAUAUGGGUCGGAUGGGGACAGCGAAAGUAGCCUGAACGGAGUAGCCAACGGAAGCAGCUUGAACGGAGCAGACGCAGAGAAGACUUCGAACCCUAGCAUCGAUUCGGGUGCUUAUGUGUCGGCUGUUGCUCAAUCCAUUGGAGGAACCGUGGGUGAUAUUGAAGAUCGGCCACCAGUGGCUGUCGAUGUCAGUGCGUACGACCAUAGCGAAUCUGCCAAAGCUGCUUAUGGCGCGGAUGCUUUCCAUUCUGUAAAUGGUGCCACAGCUGCUGCUGCUGCUGGUGCUGCUGCUGCUGCUGGUGCCGCUGCUGCUGCGGCUGCCGAACAUUCCAAUGUACAUAAUUCUAGGAAUGGUGUGCACAUCAUCGGCAGCAGCAUGGACAGCAGGGGUAUGCGCGUGUACGAGUGCUGCAACGGCACCUGCCCUGCAUGUAGAACGCCCGCGUUCACCAAAGCAGUCCCCGGCAGGGAUAGGGACAUGAGUGGUGUGCACGGAGUUAAUAGACCUGGCAGGGGCAGCGGGCAUAAUAGUGUGCCAAGGGUUGAUAGAGCUGGAAUGCUGAUGGAGGAGGAAAGUGCUGCUGCAGGUGCAGGUGGCCGUGCAGGUGCAAGUUCAAAUAUGAAAGCAUGGGACGAGGCCAUUGUGACUAGUGCUCCGCCCCUUGUUCCUACUGACGGGUAUGGUGCUCCUGCUGGUUCCACUGCUCACAGAAGCAGGGUUCUUCACGAGGUGCCCUCUGCUACCCAUGUGUCGGACGGUUAUUUUUCACCUAUUCUAAGCGAUUCUGCUGCUCAUGCUGAUGCGGCAAGGAGGCUGGGAGCCGUCCGAUUGGACCUCAAACGCCACGUGGCUGCUGAAACCGCUCAUUCUUCUGCUGCUCCUGCUGCUACAGCACCGCCUGCUGUUACUGCCCCAGCUGCCGUUGGCAAUACGGCUAGGGUACCUGGUUUCCUUGACCCAGCGGCAACAGCAGCAGCGGAACCUGCAGCAGUAGGUCUCGGUGCAGAGGAGUGGAGAUGGGAAGACGCGAGCAGAGAGGACGACAUGAACCUGAACGCGGUCUUCCUCGAGAAUUUCUGCGAAUGGCCGCGCAAGCGCGUUGCUGUGGCCGCUUCUGGGACGAGGGCAGACCCUCCUUACCGGUCGGAUAGGGUGGGGCGGGCGGACAGGGCGGACCGGGUGGGGCCUGGUGUGGGGAGAGCAGGUGCGGGAGGCGAGAUCAGGGCGGCGGCUAGCAGGGCGGCGCCUGUGAGUGCGAGUGGUGGUGUGCAGCCAGGGCAAUGGGAUGUGCACAGCAAUGUGGUGGGAGGAGAGAGAGGAGACAUGGGGCAGGAGAGCAAGAAGAGUGUUCCUGGGGGGUCUGGCUUGGGCCUGAGUCUGGACUCGUUUGGGUUGGAUUCGCUGGGGCUGGAUGCGCUGGGGUUUGACGCGUGGCAGGCGUUCAUGUGGGCGUCUGACAGGAUCUACGGCAGCAGCUAUGGGGACUAUAGCUUCCACCGCAGGCAGGAGGGCGCUGGGGGAGCGGGGGGAGUAGGGGGAGCAGGGGGGGCUGGCGGGGAAAGGGGACAAGGGCUGCUGGGAGAGAAACGAGGGCAGCAGCAGGCAGGGCAGGGGGGCUUGUCUGGCAGCAGGAGGGGCAUGCCUGGCUGGGGUAUGGGAGGUGUGGGUGUGGGGGAGAUGGGGGGAAAGGGAAGUAUGCCUUUGACGGUUUUCAUAGGAGAGAGACAGCAAGGAGGUGGUUGGCCCAGCAGCAGACGGCGGGGGAUGCGCUCAGAGUGGGACUUUGACCUGAAUAGCAUGCCGUGA